AUGGGAAUCGGCCCCUAUCCUUCUACUUCUUCCUCUCCGUCCAUGCCUCCUUCUGCAGUUUCCGUCGCACCCAAGAGCUUCUCCGCCGGUGAAGUCGUCGAAGUCAUCAACAAGCCUCCAGGCUCUUACUAUGAAGCUACCGUAAUCUGUCGUCUGGCCAAUGGGUCCUACAUCGUCGAGUACAACGCACUGUUAAACGACGAAGAAAAUUACAGCUUUCGCAGAGAAACCGUUUGCCCUAAUGAUCUUCGCCCUCUGCCGACAUCCAUUCACAUUUCAACCACUGGGUUUUCUGUGAACCAAAUUGUGGAUGCUCACGACGAGGAAGGUUGGUGGCUCACUAAGAUCACCGGAAGAAAAGACUCCGACCCCGAUUGCUAUUUUGUUUACUGUUACUGGAAUCCCGUGGACUGUGACGUUGAGUUCCAUUCCGGUGAGCUUAGGGUUCAUCAAGAGUGGAUUGGUGGAGAUGACUGGGUUUUGCUGUAG